AUGGAUAUUCUUCAGAGCUCCACCUCCAUAACAGCCACAAUUCUCUCACUUGUCUUUUUUGUGUUCAUAAUUCAUCUUCUGACCAAAAAAGUAGAUGGAAAAAAGAGAUACCAUCCGACUGGCGGCAACAUUUUCAAUCAGCUUAUAAACUUCCACAGGUUGCACCAUUACAUGACUGAUCUGGCUGACAAGUACAAGACUUACAGAUUGAUUAGCCCUUUCAGGACUGAUAUUUUUACUACUGACCCUGCUAACGUCGAAUACAUUCUUAAAACAAACUUUGAAAACUAUGGCAAGUUUGUACUUGGAUUUACUAUACUUGAGCGGAGGGUCUUUCGGAAAAUAGUCUCUCUAUCUCCACGAAGUAAUGAUAAGGGAUGGUGUAAUUACAACAUCCUAAAAGACCUGUUAGGGGAUGGGAUUUUCACAAUUGAUGGUGAUAAGUGGCGGGAGCAGAGGAAGUUGUCGAGCCACGAGUUCUCCGCAAGGGUCUUGAGGGAUUUUAGCAGUGUAGUAUUCAGAAAAAAUGCAGCCAAGUUUGCCCAUAUAUUGUCUGAAGCUGUCAAAUCCAACAAGAUAAUAGACAUUCAAGAUCUGUUCAUGAGAGCAACUCUAGAUUCUAUAUUCAGAGUUGCCUUCGGAGUUGAGCUAGACAGCAUGUGUGGUUCAAAUGAUGAAGGCAAAAAAUUUAUCAAUGCAUUUGACGAUGCAAGUGCAAUGACACUUUGGAGAUAUUUUGAUGUCUUGUGGAAGAUUAAAAGAUUUCUCAAUAUCGGAUCAGAAGCCAAGUUAAAAGAAAAUAUAAUAAUUGUUGAUGCAUUUGUUUAUAAACUGAUCCAUAGAAAAACUGAGCAGAUGAGUACUCCAGAAGCUGAUUUAUCUUGGAAGAAAGAAGACAUUUUGUCAAGGUUCCUGCAAAUAACUGGUGCAGAUCCAAAGUAUUUGCGUGAUAUAAUAUUGAACUUCAUAUUAGCAGGCAAAGAUACAACAGCAACCACCCUUUCUUGGUUCAUAUAUGUGCUAUGCAAAUACCCUCAUGUACAGGAAAAAGUAGCACAGGAGAUUAAAGAAGCAACAAAUGAGAAAGAAGAUGCAACAGAUAUAACGGAUUUUGCUGCCAAUGUGAGUGAAGAUGUCCUUGAAAAGAUGCAAUAUCUUCAUGCAGCACUCACAGAGACUCUUAGGCUCUAUCCUGCACUUCCAAUGAAUGGAAAAAUAUGCUUUUCGGAUGACACCUUACCAGAUGGAUUCAAUGUGAACAAAGGGGACAUAGUGGCUUAUCAAUCAUAUGCAAUGGGAAGAAUGAAAUUUAUAUGGGGUGAUGAUGCAGAAGAAUAUAAACCAGAGAGAUGGCUUGACGGGAAUGGUAUCUUCAGGCCAGAGAACCCCUUCAAAUUUACAGCUUUCCAGGCUGGCCCAAGGAUCUGCUUGGGGAAGGAGUUUGCCUAUAGGCAAAUGAAGAUAUUCUCUGCUUUGUUGUUACGCUACUUCGUUUUCAGGUUGAGUGAUGACAAGAAGACUGUCAACUACAGGAUAAUGAUUAAUCUUCAGAUCGAUGGGGGAUUGGAUGUUCGUGUCUUUCACAGAUAGUGAAAUUAGAAAGAGUUUACAUUAAUAUGUAUAGUGUAUAUUAGUAUCGGUCCAAUUCUGGCCGAAUGUUGUUUAUGACAUCAAUAUCCAAAAUAAGCCUAUCGAAUAACAUUAACCUGACAUGGAAAUAAGGUUUGCUAUAUAUGGAAUGUGUCAUGGUUACCGCAUUCACAUUUUCCUUGUUUAACCUUCCUCCCCCUAUAUUUUCAUGCCAUGCAAGUUUAUGAUUUUCAGUGGAAUAACCAUUACUACCUCAGGAGAAAGUGGUAGUAGAAUUUCAGAUCUGUUCUCUAGCUUCAAAGACCGGAACACAGACAGAAGUUGCUAAUAACAUUUUCUCUCUUCCUUUCUGUUUCAUAAUGUAUC